CAAGGACGUGUUUACAUUUUCGUAGAAAAUCAAACUGUAUCGAUUUUGUUGGCUAUUUUCGGCAAAUUGAAAACUAAGAGAAACGCAAGCUAUGAAAUUGAAAGACAGAUAGAUAUUCUAGAGCAGCUGAUUCGCGAUAAACUUUGAAUGGAAGGCUAGGACCAGGCAGGCUCAUAUGGACUUGAUCGAAAGGAAAUGUGAAAAAAAUUUUGCCUUCUGCUUGGAGGAGUUGGUCGUCCAACUCAAGUCUACCGCAUGGUCAGUGAUAGAACAUAACUGAUUGUCAUGUUUUGCCACCGACGCCGGCGUCAGUACUAGUCCUUAAAUGCUUUAAAUGUACCUACCUCAACAAAAGUAAGAGCUGAUUCUGGUGUAGGACUCUACAGAUCACUGUAUCUUGCCACUCUAGCUGCUCGUGAAAGUCAACCCCGCUAGACACUGUGUGGGAUCAGACGGUAGACCGUUCGGAUUGUCCUCGUCUCAACUGCAAACAUGACAGCGAAAGUGUCUUAAUUCGCUCAUUUCUAUGCAACCCUCGCCGUCUAGUAACUGUCCUAUGAAACGCGCCUCACAUGACGAUAGCUCAAUCAAAAUAAUUUCUUCCACCUAUCAUUCCUCGCAUGUGAAAACACGUAAUUAUGUUAAUUUUAACGAUUCUUACCGAACAAUGCCAGCGAUUCAAAAGUCCCCACACAGAUUGUCCAUCAUCCAUCGACCGAUCGAACCCAUUUCUCGUCAAAAGAUUUGAUUGAUUACCAGCUAAUCUUGUUCUGUACUCUUACUCUUUAACUUUACUGUGGGAUGGUGUCGCUGUAAUGAUAUUCAAACAAUUUCGGGUUUCACGCGUUUGCUUUGAAGAUAAAUUCGCGUACUCCCACACUCACCUCGCGCGCAAGUGACAGUAAUUUCAAACGCGUUGCACGAAAUCGAUUUCCAGUUGCAAUCCUCACUCAAACCCUAACGGGUAUUCCAGCGAGAUGCUUUCAAUUAAACUUCUUGCCACUUUGGUAUGGUUCUGCUUGUUGACACGGUCCAGGUCGGAGGAACUAUUGCGGCACCAAGAAAGUCACCGCUAUGAUAUAAGCUUCUACGAUCUACGCACGAACCGGACGUUCAGUUAUCCAAUGGUUACGUUCGGUCCCGCCGGUGAACACGAGGAUCGAACCAGACUCGAGGAGCCGGUUGGAAACACGUGCUACUGUCAGGAGUUGCAGUGCGGAUGUUGCAUGGGAAUGAAGAUCAAUCAGCUGAGCUUCAAUCAACAUUUUUGCACCAAUCUAGCCUACGAACCAUACGAAUUCGCAAUCAACGUAGAGGUCCUGAUGAACCGAAGCAGCAUCUAUAAAAACAGGAUCUCAGCCAAAAAUCCACCUCCUGUUUGUUUGCCGGUUCCAAUUCCGUACAUUCCGUUGAAUGCCGAUUUGUGUCUGAAGCUGUUCGACAUCUACACUCCGCGGCAGAAUCUGCACGCUUGUCUGGAUGUUGAGGCACGCGUUUGGAGCUUUCCGCUGCUAAUACUGCACUUCGAGUGCAUGCGAAUGGGACAGGAUGGAUUAAUUUUUCUCAAACCGGAAGACGGCGAUGGCUUUGGAACGACGGACAUUCCUGAUGUCUACGAUGAAGUGGAUCUUGACGAUGUUAUGAAUCGAAUCGAUAGAAAAAAUAAAACGAACGGAAGCUAA